CCUGAAUUCAAGUCUACGAUUAUACAAUAUUGUACGACAAUUUUGGUUAAACUGCUUGCUGCAAAUCAAGAUAAACACAGUUUACGAUCUUGCCUGACGAGUGCAGUCGUUCAGAAUAUCAGACUGUGCAUUAUUCCGGUCUCGUUGUUAUUUAAAUCAUCCUGUCUUUGUCAUACCUUCUCUCCUCCCCCCUUCUUGUUGCACCUAACGUCCGCAAAGCCCCAUCUUCAUAACAUAUUCCAACACCUGUGCUAAAGAUUUUACGCCUCAAAUCCAUUUGAUCUAUCGCUUCGCGUCUUGCGCUGUUGUCUUAAUUGCAAAUUCGCGUCAGCAAUUUCUCAUACAUAUACAAAAGUUGAAUCAGUAGUUUUUGUUCAUAUAGUUCCUCUUUACGACCUCGUAUCGAUCAGCCCAAAUUCUAGGCAGCAACUUCGGCCAAGUCUCCAUUCAAAGUGCUUUGGAUAUGUCUCAUCGGCCCUUGUUGCCCAAAAACGUCAAACCACGUCACGGAAUGAAUCCUUUUAGUCAAUCAUACUCUCCUCACUCAUCGACACGUUGGUCACACCAAACGAGUUCCCGUUCUAUGGGAAUCACCCGCACGCUAUCCGAAGCUCUCAAAAGGGCCUCAAAUACGCUCAGUAAUGUUCGCUCAUCAUCAAAUAUGGAGUAUACCCAACUCCGUCUUAGCCCUCAACCAAAGGCAGUACCCAAAGCUUCAAAGAGGCGACCAAGCCUUGCACGUUCUGUGACAUCGACCCUUCAUGGCUUCUUUGACGUUAUAGAACAACCGAUUGUACUAUCAGAUCAACCAUGUUCAUUGUUUGACCGAUGCUCUUCUGUAGCCGGACUCUACGGUGUUAGGAAGACUAAGCGGCCAAGAAAUUCUACUGAACAAGAUUGGGACUUCAGAUGUCGAGGGGAAGAAACAGGAGUUAAACCUCGUGAUGAGAAUGAUAGAAAGUUAAUUUAUGAAUCAGGUUCAUUUUGGAUUAGUAGCUUCAAGUCCAGCGGCAAAUUAUCGAAGUCUUCCGGUGAUUUAAUCGGUGCCUCCAACUACGAACUGCAAUCAUACACUCCACGUUUUUCACCAAAGAAUAGUUACUCAGAUGAAAAAGGCUGCCUAAUGCGUCCCAUACGCUAAAAUGGGUUACACGACCUGUGAUACUCACUUGAACGAAACCUGACGCCAGGAGCGGAUGAUUUGAUGGAGUUCAAUGUAAUCUAUUAUCUUCUUGCAUAUCAUUGAUGCGUCCUUCUUUUCUUUUUCUUGAUGAAUUAAAAUCUCCCUCAGUGUAGUGAUUUAGUUACUUUACAUACUGAGUUUGUUGUAUCCAAGGAUCCUUCUUGCAAGGAAAAGAACCUAAUUAUUAUUUUGCAGUCUUCUUUAUUGUCAUUUUCAAUUUCCCUUACGCAGCGCGCUUGUGCUUAACUCUUUAAUGAUACAUGUCAUCUUAUUGUGAUAUCUUUAUCUUUAUCAUCUUUAUUGAAAAUGUUGCUCAAUAUUUGGUUUUGUAUUAUUUCUCUAUGUUUCAGUUGAUUUUCUGCUAUAUAUCAUAGAAUUUAAUCCUUUGCUAUCCUGUUUUGUCUUUACU